UCGCUCAUCGAUUGAACCGACAAGAGGUCCUUCAGGAAAAAAAAAAAGUGAAAAGGAUCCUCAAGCGACACGGAGGAGAGAUGCAGCCGGCGGCGAGAUGGACUUUGCUGCUUCUUGUUGUGGGGUUGAUGGUGCAAAACUGCCGUUCAUCCAAGGCAGAGGACCGGCUCUUCAGGAAACUCUUCAGAAGAUAUAACCAGUUCAUCAGACCAGUGGAGAACGUCUCUGACCCCGUCACCGUGGAGUUCGAGGUCUCCAUCUCUCAGCUGGUCAAAGUUGAUGAGGUGAAUCAGAUCAUGGAAACAAAUUUAUGGCUCAGACAUAUUUGGAAUGACUACAAGCUGCGAUGGAUGCCGGUGGAGUUUGACGGGAUUGAGUUCAUCAGAGUUCCAUCAAACAAGAUCUGGAGACCCGACAUUGUGCUCUACAACAACGCUGUAGGUGAUUUCCUGGUGGAGGAUAAAACCAAAGCUCUGCUGAAGUUUGAUGGUACCAUCACUUGGGUUCCUCCAGCCAUUUUCAAAUCCUCUUGUCCCAUGGACAUCACCUACUUCCCCUUCGACUAUCAGAACUGCUCCAUGAAGUUUGGCUCCUGGACUUAUGACAAAGCCAAGAUUGACCUGGUACUUAUCGGGUCUAAGGUGAACCUGAAAGACUUCUGGGAGAGUGGCGAGUGGGAAAUCAUUGAUGCUCCAGGCUACAAGCAUGAUAUCAAGUAUAACUGCUGUGAGGAGAUCUACCCAGACAUCACCUACUCCUUCUACAUCAGGCGCCUGCCACUCUUCUACACAAUCAACCUCAUCAUCCCCUGCCUCCUCAUCUCUUUCCUUACAGUGCUGGUUUUCUAUCUCCCGUCCGACUGCGGAGAGAAGGUCACGCUCUGUAUCUCUGUCCUGCUCUCCCUCACUGUGUUCCUGCUCGUUAUCACCGAGACCAUCCCCUCCACGUCGCUGGUCAUCCCGCUCAUUGGAGAGUACCUGCUCUUUACAAUGAUUUUUGUCACGCUAAGCAUCGUCAUCACCGUGUUCGUGCUGAACGUACACUACCGCACGCCAAUGACCCACACCAUGCCAGACUGGGUGCGCUCUGUGUUUCUCAAAGUGCUGCCGAGGAUUAUGCUGAUGCGGAGACCGAUUGAUGAGGACAGCAAGGCUGGGGGGUUGGACAGCAGUGGGGAGGCAGGAGGAGCUGGAGGGGGAGGAGGAGGCGGAGGAGGGAAAGGAGGGAAGAAGAGAAAGAAUAGCUUGAUGCAGCAAGUCGGAGGAGGCUCUCUCAACUGUCUAGAGUUUGGGGACAAUACAUUCUCAUCCGUGGAGGGCUGCACUGGAAAGAAAUGCCCUUGCCCCUGCCAGCAUGGGAAGGAGACCCCAGACACACCAGACUUGGGGAAGAUAACGCGUCAGCUGAGUCCACAGAGCAUCAACACGGUGGUGGCUUUUUCUGUGGUGUCGCCUGAGAUCAAACAGGCCAUCGAGAGCGUCAAGUACAUCGCUGAGAACAUGAGGAGUCGCAACAAGGCCAAAGAAGUGGAGGAUGACUGGAAGUACGUUGCCAUGGUGAUCGAUAGGAUCUUCCUUUGGGUGUUUGUGACCGUGUGCGUCCUGGGAACCGUGGGCCUCUUCCUCCAGCCGCUUUGUGGCUUUGUCUCAUAACUGCUAAACAUUCAGGGUUCACUUUUGCCCUGUGUCGAACAAUCCUGAACAAGAGGCUCUCAGUUGACCAAUCAGAAGACAGAGUUUAGAGUCCUAAAGCACUAUUUGGUGUGCUAGAUUUGCUUCUUGCCUUUUGCAGAGCAGUAAUAUUGAAACAGUGAAAAAAAGGGUUUAAGGUUUUCAGACUGGCUGGUAAACUGCGUAACAGAUACAAAGGUUAUAAAGCCUUACUUUUAUGUCCUUUAAGGCUUCUUUUCCUUAAAAAAAAUAUUUUCUACACAACACCUAAAAAGGCUGCCUUGGAAUAAACUUCACAGAAAGGAAAGGGAUAAUGCUGUAUCUACACAGUGUGUUCUUUCAGCGGUUUUGACCAUAUGAACAAGUUUAAACUUUAUUUUAAAUAUUUGUGGUUCAUUGUUCAAAGGAGGUGAAUAUAUCUCUGUUUUGCUAGGUUUGUCAGAAUGUGUAACAACAUGUUGUAGAGCCCAGAGAUGAAUAAACAGUUUGCAGUUACUGUAGCCUGGCCAGCAUUACAAAGCAUUUACUGUGGUUUGGUUCCUUUUAGCUAGUUUUGUGGCAAAUUUUACAUGCUGUCUUCAUUCAAUAAUUUCUAUGCCACAAAUAUGAAAAGUUGUAACUUAAAUUUAUGACCAAAUAUUUAGUUUUAGUCGUGUUGAUUCCUGUCAGCAUGGUCUCCAGAAAAUGACGUUCUCAUACACUGAACCUGCAUUGUCAAUUGGGUUUGUAGGGAAACAUAUUUUGUCCUGGAUUAAGUCGAAGUCCAUGUAGGGAGGAGGAUGGACGGAUGGGUGGGUCAUGGGCAGACCGGAGUUUGUGGCCCGUGUGAAAUCAAAAGUCAACAUUCAUUUAUAAAAUAUACACAUUAUUCAGAUUUUAAGUCAAAACAUGAUCUUUUUUUCUGAACCAAGUCCAAGUCAUUUUGUUGUGUUUUUAUUUUAUUUUAUUAAAAUUUAAAACGUGUUUAAAACGUGUUUAAAACGUGUUUAAAACGUGUUUAAGACGUGUUUAAAACGUGUUUAAAAUGCGUUUAAAACUGCGACUGUAAUCCGGUAAAGAAUAGUUUCCCUCAAAACGUAAUUGAGAAUGCAGUUCAGUUGUAUGGGAACGUAACUUUGUAGGCGUCAGGUUGAUUCCUGCGUGGUUGUGGUUCUAAAGAGGUAUACUAGUGUUUAGCAACUCUGCACAUCCAAUAGUCCUUCAGGACUGGAACCUGACAAUUAAGAUUCAACAGAUGUGGGCUUACUGGGAACUUUACACAUCCAGUAGACGUGACACAAACUCUCUACCGCACUGAACUCAACCCUGCAGCAGCCAGUUAACCCUCCCCAUGGAACUGACUGAUGACUGUCAUACUCGCUCCCCUGUCUGAUUCAUCAAGCUGCUCACUGUCAGAGCCAAUCGCGCUCACUGCUUUUUGUGUCAUUUAGAAUUAGAGGCUGUUUUUCUUUUUUUGUAAUUAGAAACCAUGUGUUUAUAAAUGUUCUCUGAUUAAUGUUCCACACAGUAAUUGGUUGGUCUGGUAAAUAUUGGAUUAAAUGAUACUUGAUGAGAUGCUCCUGAAAUAGCAUUACAUCUAUUAAUUCAUGAGAUGAUUCUAUCAUCCAAUUCCAUGGCUAUUAAUUUAAGCUUUUUUUUCUCUUGUCACUUUUGAUUAAGUUCACCAUUAAGAGCAAAUACAAGAAACAUGCACAACAGAAAUUUUGAUUGCUUCGACCACAAAUACAUUGUCGUUACAUUAGUUCACUAUAAAUGUAUUGCUUCAUUUCUUUAAUUUCAUUUAUAUCCAUGUGUAUUGUUAUACGAUGAAGAAACUCAUGCUGAAGGGAGCAAAUAUGUUUGUUCAAAUGAUCUCUGCCUUUCUUUUGUCUUUGAACUUUAAA